AUGAUCUACGGAUGCCUCCUGCAUCCCGCGAUUGGGCAGCCAAUGGGCAGAACGAUCCAGAAUCAUCGAGGCACCUGUUUGUCGUGUAGUCAUGGCAAGGCUGAACGAUGGGAGCCCAGGCACCCCACGAUCCGUCGACAACGUGCCCUCGGUGCUGCGCGUGCUAACUGUAUGCGCAUGGGGAGGUUCAUCGGAUUCGGCGAGGUCUCGACCGCUGCCAUUGCGGCCAGGUAUGAUGGACUCGGCGUUCGUCUCUUUGUCGACCUCGCAUGA